AUGUCGUUCAACUUCGGUGCGUCUUCCGCGGCUCCUUCGGGUGGCUUCAACUUCGGCGCCAGCUCCGCCGCUCCGGCACCCUCUACAUCCUCCAGUACUGGUGGCUUCUCUUUCGGCGCAGCCUCUAGCGCCCCGGCCACGUCCACAGCGCCGUCCUCGGGGUUCAGCUUCGGCGCCAAGCCCACGGCCGCUUCCAGUACCAGCAGCGGCUUCAACUUCGGAGCAACGUCCUCGACGCCUGCAGCGCCUGCAGAGUCCAAGAGCAGCGCCGCGUCUGAUCCGUCGACAGGUUUCAGCUUCGGGUCAACGGCCCCGUCGUCUACAGCUGGAUCCACUGCCACUUCCAGCUUUGGUGCCAAGGCGCCCGCAGCGGAGGCUAAGCCGGCAGCUUCGAGUGGCUUCAGCUUCGGAUCAACUACGUCUUCGACAACAGCGGAGGCUAAGACGACAGCCCCGGCUUCUUCGGGCUUUAGCUUCGGUGCUCCGUCUUCUACAGCAGAUGCCAAGCCAGCAGCACCCGCUUCGUCAGGCUUCAGCUUUGGUGCGAAACCUGCGGAGGCUAAGCCAGCUACUGGUUUCUCGUUUGGUGCCAGCUCGGCUGCUUCCAAUGCUACUACAAGCACUACCACUACGUCGACGGGAGGAUUCAGCUUUGGUGGUGCGAAGCCGACGACUUCUACCGCCGCAGAGAGCAAGACAGAGACGACGCCACCGACAGUAGCAUUCGGAACGUCGACAGCAGCCUCGAGUGCUACGGGGUCGACUCCGACAGCCACUUCGACUGCGACCUCCACGGCCAUCACAGCUCCAGUCACCGAGACGGACAAACCUCCAGCUGAGUACAUGGGUCGAACGAUUGAGGAUAUCAUUAACGCGUGGAGCGAGCAGCUCGAGCGCAAUGCGGACACAUUCACCACUGAAGCUGUCAAAGUGAGCAAGUGGGACAGCGAUCUGAUGGACAGUCAACGCAAGCUUGGCGAUAUUGCCGGAGACGUGCGACGUAUUCAGGUGGCUCAGAACGAGCUAGACUCGAACUUGGACACGAUCUUCGCCUACCAGAUGGAGCUGAAGUCCACGCUUGAGCAAUUGGAGAAGAGCGUGGACAAGAUGUACGAAUCUCAGGACCAGAUGCCCGUGGCCGCCGACAUUGAGCGCGAGCAGACCUUGCAGUUGUCGGUGGAUAUCGACGACCAGCUGAACUCGAUGACGACGACGCUGAAGGAGACGGUAGAGAAGCUGAACAAGGCUCAGGACGACGUGGCAGACGACAACAACCCCAUGGUGCAGAUCAUGAAGGUGCUCAACGUGCACCACAACUCUCUCCAGUGGAUCGAAGGCAGCGCUGGCCAGAUCAACAGCGACAUCGCGCAAUUGUCGCGCAAGCUGCAGAGUUCGUCGAUUUAA